AAACAAUGGGCGGGGAGCGCAGUAUGUCGUUACCCGUAUCUGAGUACGUUCACUGUCACGUGGGCUGCUGGCUCAAGUUUUGUACAUUUUCCAGUAUCGCUGCAUAAAUUAGUACCCAAAAAAUGUCGAGAAAACUUAUUCUCGCUAUAGUUCUACUUGCCUCGUCGUUGACCGUGUUGGAGUGCGCAUUCAACUUCUUUCGGAGAAAGACCUACAAAAUUCAUAAGUUUCUCGAUUCUAAAGAACCUAUAUGGACGUACACAACGAGCAGACGCACGGACAUUUUAUGCGAAGUGGAUGUGAUGAUAAACAUUUCCGCCACUGCAAUAAAUUUCACUCGAGCGUCUUACGACCGCAAAGGAAGAACAUCUGCGGUAUUGCAUGGCGAAUUCCACGAACGCCGAAAGAAGCACAUGCUUGUGCACACAGAAGGGGGUGUUUAUGACCUGCACGAAGAGAUGCUCUACAUGAGUUCUGAUCACAGCUGCGCAGUGUUCAUGGUCACAAGAUUGUUCGGCGGUACAUUUCGCAGCUAUGAUUUGCGACUCAGAAAUUCAUCUGUGGCAAAAGGGCCUCGAAGAGACUGUGUUAGAAAAUUCAAGAGGCGUGACCUUAGAGGACAAGUGAUCUACAGACCAAUGUGCCAAAACAUACUCCACAGCAAAGAACCAGGAACGAUGACGAAUUCCACAGUCGAAGACUAGCCAUUGGCCAAGUGGAGCGCUAACGUAUUUUUUGUAAACGUAUCUACAAACAUAACGUCUUCUAUAAAGCAAAUUUGAAUACGUUAUUGUGACACCGCUUGGUGAUUCUGAGAUAUACGACUAAAGACGUUACUUCUGUAU